AUGGAUAAUAGAAGUUAUUCUAAUAAAAAUGAUAUAAGUAAGUACGAAAAAAAUUCCCAUCAAAGCAAUAGAGAGAUGAAUGAAAAAAAUGACAGUAGCUUAUUAACAAUAUAUUCCUUUAUAAGUAGCUAUGUAUUAAAGGAAGAAUCAAAUUAUGAUGAAAUUGAUAAUAAAUAUAUACUAUUAGAAAAUAAAGUAUUAGAAAAUGAGAAUGGCAUGAAAAAGGUAAAUUUUAGCUAUUAUAAUGAGAAAAUAGAUGAUAAUUAUGAAGAUGAAAAUGAGGAACUUGAAGAGGAAGGUUAUGAAAAUGAAUAUAAUGAAGAAUAUAAAAAGGAACAAAUAAUAGAAAUCAAAAAAAAAAAAAAGAAAAAAGAUUUGUUAAUACAAAAGGAUUGUACUUAUAAUAAUAGAGAAACAUAUGAAAAAAAAAAAAAAAAAAAAAAAAAAAAAAAAAAAAAAAAAAAAAAAAAGGAGAAAAAAAAAAAUUAUAUAUAUGAAAGUGAGGAUAGUGAUGAAUUUUAUAAUAACAGUAAUAUAAAAAAAAAAAUGAAAAAAUUAUCCAAAUAUUUUAUGUUAUCUAUAGAUAAUAUAAAUGAAGAGGAAAACAUUUUUAAAAAUGAAAAACAUUUGUCAAAACAAAUGUCUUAUUAUAAUGACGCAUACUAUUACACAUCUGAAAUGAUUUAUAAAGAUAAUAGAAAAAACAAAGAAAAAUUUGCAUUAUAUUUAAGAUUAAUAUCUUUAUUCAUUAAUAUAAUAAUAGGAAUUUAUCUUAUAGUUCAUUUCCCUCAUACAAAUAAUCAACUAGAGAUAAAAUUUUCAAAUAAAUAUACAAGAGAACACGAAAAAUUAAAAGAUAUUAUUAGAAAUAGUAUGGAACUAAAGAAAGAUAACAAUAAACAUAUGAUGGACAUGAAUUUAAACUCUAAUCUAUCAAUAAAUGAAAAUGAAAUAAAUAAAAAUAGAAACACCUUUUUAAACAUCCUUUUUAGGAAUAAUAAAGAAAUAGAUCAUAUAAAUAAUAAUAUUAAUAAUGAAAAAAAAGAUAAUAAUAUAUAUAUAAUUAAAGAAACAAAUUUUAAUAAAACUAAUAAUGCUGUAACAAAUGCAGAUAAUUAUAUGCAUAUAAAUGAAAAUGAUAUAAAUAAUUUAGUUAAAGAAAUAGAUAUUGUUAACUUAAUUGAUGAUGAAAAUAUUAUGAACUUUAUAUAUUCAAUAAUGAAUAAAAUAUAUAAAUAUGCUAUAUAUUCUUUUUUUGGAGAAUUACUAGUAAUAUCAAUAAUUGUAUUUUCUUUAUUUAUUUUAAAAAUUUUCAUAAAAGACAACAAUAAAUUUAGCGUAAUUUUAACUAUGUAUGGCAUUUUAUAUAAAAUUUUUUGUUAUUUUUUUGCUCAUUAUGUUUUAUUUAUGGGAAUAUAUAUUUUAUCUAUUUAUUAUAAUAUAUAUAUACAUAAGGAUAUAUAUGAAAAUAGUUUUAAUUUUUUCUGUUAUCAUUAUGUAUAUAAUAAUUUACAUAUUCAUUUACUUAUGUUAUUCUAUGCCUUUCAAAACAUUAUCUUUACUAUAAAUGAUGCAUUUAAUUGUAUACGAAUGAUGUUCAUUCUAAUUAAGCAUAUUAUUAUAAAAAUAUAUGAAAAAAUAACAUGUAAAAGCUUUAUUACAUUUUAUGAAUUAAAAGAAGAUAAAUCUCUCUUAUCUGUUAAUUGUUUUAAUAUAAUGAAGAAAAAAUGUAAUGCAUAUAGUAAAUGUUGCAAAGAUAAAAAUUGUGCAGAAGUAGAUAUUGAUGAGGUACAUGAUUUGGAAUAUAAUAAAAGUAAUAUUCCAUUUACUAAUUCAAAUGAGAAAUCUUAUUGUAGAAAUUUAGAUAUCAAAACAUAUGAGCAAUCAUUGUUAAAUAUGCGUAAUCCUAUAUUUAAAUAA